GUCGGAACUGUACAAAACACAACUGCCGCUGCGAUUAUAUGGACGUCGCCGCCGCCCAGGAGGAGGCCUCCUCCUCCUCCUCCUCCUCUUCUACAGCGGCUGCCGCAGUGGCCAAACCCCCCCGGGCUCCCGAUUUGUUGAUGUCGCCAGAGAUCGAGACCGAGAUCGAGACCUGGCAUAUCACGGGCGUGCCUCCGUUUCCAGAGCUACUGCAGUGUCCACGCAACGGCUGGUUCGGUCUCGCUCGCUCUGACCUCCGUCUGAUCCAUCACAUCAUCGGCCUGUCCAUCGACCUCCAUCGCCGUGGGUUCAGUACCUGCACCGUCUGGGCGCAGAAGAUGCCCAACUUCCUCGCUAUCGCGUUGUCCAAUGACUAUGUGAUGAGCUCCAUCUUAGCCCUCUCGGCCUCACAUCUCGCCUGGAUCACUCAUAACCAAGAGACCACCCAGCUCGCCUAUCAUCACCGCGCAACAGCCUUCAGAGGCUUGAAACGCGCCAUCGGCGCCUUCUCCAAGGAUAAUUCGGACGCCCUCCUCGCAGCGUCCAUUUUGCUCUCCUGGCAGGCCACGGAAUGGAAUGACUGGGCUUUGUUGCAGAAAGGUCUUUCCACGAUCCUCGACGCCAUGCUUCCCAUCUGGAAGCAAGAAUCAGAUCUGGCAAGAUUUCUAGAAUCCCAAAGGGCUCUGGCAAUCCCUGCAGUCACGGCGGGGUAUCCAUCUCCACAGGAAGACCCCGCACACCUGGAUCAGACCAUUGCAGCCCUGCAAAACGUGCAGAAGCAGGUUGGGCAUAACCAGGAACAUUACCGUCGGUUGGAGGACCUGCUCGACUUUGUUCGGCGCUUUCGGCGCGACCUCCCAAUGCAGACCCCCGAAACGGCCUUUGAGCGGAUGCAGACCCUCCGCCAGUGGCUGUUCUGGCUGCCCCCCGCCAUGCUCCGCGGCGGCGACAGCGACAUGGCCGCCCUGCCCGUGUUGGCGCAGUUCUUCGGCAUCGGGGUCGCCCUGGAUCGCGUCGUGCCGGAGCUGGGAGGCGCCUACCUGGCCCCUCUAUCCAUCGGCCCCGCCGAUGACAUGUAUCGGAUCGUCGUGUCUCGAAGCUCAUCCGACCCCUUCAACCCCGAAAUCCAACAUUCUCUCGCCCUCAUGGAUCUCCCGCGACAUAUCGUUGCCCAGCACAAGAACCGCCUUCACUGGUCGCCCCGCCCCUCCAUCGACCCUUACUCGCCCGCCUCCUCGAGCCCCUACCCGGCUCUGCACGACUACGGCGUCGCGCCCCCCUCCACCUCCUCCCCUUCGUCCACCUCGCCCACCUACGCCACAUAUGCCUCCCCCGGCCAGUCGCCUCCUCCCGUUGCGGUCCCCAGCUCGCCGUUCCCCGUUGUGGGGAACUAUGUGACCACCACCACCGCCGCCGCCCCGGCAGCAGCCCCCUCACAAGCGUACUAUCCGCCGCCCUCGCCGCAGUUGCUGACCCAGCUCCGCACCACACGCGCCGAUCUCUCUGGCUACCACCACCAUCAUGGCCAGGCAGGCACACUUCCCCGUUCCCCGGUAUACUCGCCAACAUAUGUCGAUGACAUGUUCUGUGGCGGUGUCCCUCGUGUUGACGGCACUCCUCUGGGCUCAAAUAUGGGACUGUACCAUACCCACAGCCCAGAGUCUCACGCCAUUCCCAGUGGGGGUUUAAUGACACCUGAACUCUGGACAUGAAAGAUUUAUCCAAUGGUCUCCAGAUUAAAUGGGACAUGCGAAAAAAAAAACUUUUUUCUUCAAGUGCAUUGUCUGAGGCUAGGACUACAACUCUGGCAGAGUUCAUUAUCUUUGUCUGGCGUUUUUUUUUUUAAAAAAAAAAAAAAAACCGCC